UGUUAUAUAUAGAUGUAAUUGACAUGUAAAAAAUUUUAAAUCGCCAUAGAAUCAUUUUAAUCAACGUCUAAAAUGUUCGUUGAUUCCACAAAAUAUAACCCUAUAUUACAAUUUGUUCCAGUAGGGUUAAACGAGAAACAGUAGAACCGAAGUAGAGUCUAAUUUUGCACUUGAUAGAAAGAGUGCACAUCAUUUGUAUGUCUCCGUCUAUCUAGUGCAAAAUUGGACUCUUGCAGCUUUACUGUCUCUUACUUAGUGCGAUUCGUACUAGAUUCGAUUAUGGGUAGCCAUAACUAGUGAGAAAUUAACGCCGCUCGCGAUUGCGAUUGGACUUAUAACUUAUAACCAAAAAAUAAUCCACUCCUACUUAUUUUUCAAUAGAAUUACCUUGACGAAUACUAUAAUACAAUCAGUGAUAAGUGGAUACGCAACCUUUUAUGUUAUAAACAAUGUUUUGUUGAAUUAGAUACAAAAAACUAUUGACUUAUAAAUUAAAAGAUUAUAUUUUUUUGAAACUAUUAAUUUUUUAAUAUUAGCUUACGAUUGUUUUAUUCCCUCUAAUGAGUUCGAUUAACCUCUAAAACACGCACAUACAUAUAAUAUAAUUACAAUUUGUUUAUAGUCGUGUAAAAUAUAUCAGAUUGUAUAGUAUUUGAAACAUAAUUGUUAAAUUUUUAAGAAUAGAUUUUUUUGUACUAAGUGCAAAUGAAUUUUGUACAUAGUUUAAGACAGACAACAAACUGUCUUCAGUCAAUUGUUUCUUCUUCUCAAAGGGCUACUUCAUCCAUGUUAAAUAUGGUAAAAAAUAAUAACAAGCAUAUUGUGUGGAUAGAUAUGGAAAUGACUGGACUUGAUUUAGAAACAUGUCAUAUUUUGGAAAUAGCAUGUUUAAUUACAAAUAAAGAUUUAAAAAUCAUAAGCAAAGAUUUGAAUAUAGUUAUACAUCAACCAAAUGAGAUAUUAGAAAAUAUGAAUGACUGGUGUGUACAAAAUCAUGAGAAAACAGGAUUAAUUACUGAAUCACGUUUGAGUAAAACUACUGUACAAGAUGCUGAACAAAUCGUACUGAAAUAUUUACAGUCGUACAUAGAAGAAGGAACUAGCCCACUUGCAGGAAGUUCAGUCUACAUGGAUCGUAUAUUUUUGUCAAAAUAUAUGCCAUCCGUUAAUAACUAUUUAAAUUACAAAAUCAUAGACACUACAACUCUUAGAGAAUUAAUUUUAAUGUGGAAUUUAAAUGUACCGGAACUGAAAAAAAUGCACUGCCACAGAGCAUUGUCAGACAUAAAGGAAAGUAUAAAACAAUUAGAACAUUAUAAAAAAUAUCUAUUUAAUUUAUAAAGAUUAAAUUGAAGCGUC